UCCCUCCUUCACUCAUCAUGGACGAGCAGAGAGAGACUCUGCAAAGGAUUGUCUCUACUCUAGCAAACAAAAAUGAUGAAAUUCACAACUUCAUUGACAUGCUGAACCAUACAAUAAAUAAUGUUCAGGUAAACUCUUCUAAUGCAAUCAGCGAGUUGGAUGAAGAAUUUGAUGGUCUGUAUUCUAUAUUGGUUGAGAUGAAGGGGAGUAUGGCCAACACUAUUCAGCAAGAAGAGGCUCGUAAAAUUCAAGCUCUGCAGGAUCAGCUUAACCAGUGUAGUAAUGCCCUAGAGAGUUCUGAAGAGCUGCUGGAACUUGCUGCGCAGUCGCUGGACAUAAAGGACUCUGCGGAAUUCUUAAAGGCUGCCAGACAGAUCAAAGAUAGAGUCACAACGGCUUCAGCGUUCCGCAUCUCUCUGAAACCAAAGGUCAGUGAUAGUAUGACUCACCUGAUGGUGGACUUCGCUCUGGAAAGGCGCAUGCUCCAGGCUGUAAAGUUUUUGCCAGUCCCUAAAGCUCCAGAGAUAGAUCUAGCAGCAUGUCUGGUUGCUGAUAACUGCAUAACAGUAUCGUGGAGAAUGCCUGAAGAAGACAGCAGAAUUGAUCAUUUUGUACUGGAGUAUAGGAAAACCAACUUUGAUGGGCUUCCUCGAGUAAAAGAUGAACAGCGUUGGGAACUGAUAGACUAUAUUAAAGCUACUGAAUAUACAUUAUCAGGUCUGAAAUUUGAUACAAAAUACAUGAACCUCAGAGUACAAGCUUGCAACAAAGCUGUGGCAGGGGAAUACUCCGAUCCCGUGACUCUUGAAACCAAAGCAUUUGUGUUCAGUUUGGACAGUACUACUUCUCAUCUGAACUUGAAAGUUGAAGAUACCUAUGUUGAAUGGGAUCCUACUGGAGGCAAAGGCCAAGAAAAAAUAAAAGGGAAGGAAAAUAAAAGCAGCUUCCUCCAUGUUAACAAAAUUCAAAAGCAUUUGAUAAGUGGUGCACAGUCUCCAAAGAGGACAUCUAUUAGCACAAGAUCCUCACUGAGGGGCAGCAGAGAUCGUUUCGUUGGUGAAUCAUACACAGUAUUGGGAGACACUGCUGUUGAAAGUGGACAGCAUUACUGGGAGGUGAGAGCCCAGAAGGACUGCAAAUCAUACAGUGUGGGAGUAACAUAUAGAAACCUGGGAAAAUUUGACCAACUGGGAAAGACUAAUUCAAGCUGGUGCAUCCAAAUCAACAACUGGCUGCAAACCACGUUUUCAGCAAAACAUAGUAAUAAAACCAAGACUCUAGAUAUACCCGUUCCACACAGAAUAGGAGUGUACUGCGACUUUGAUGGAGGUCAGCUUGCAUUUUAUAAUGCAGACUCAAAGGAGCUGUUACACACCUUCAGAACAAAGUUUAUGCAACCAGUAUUACCAGGCUUCAUGAUCUGGUGUGGUGGGCUUACAGUGAGUACUGGAUUGCAGGUGCCAAGUGCUGUGAAAACGCUUCAGAAAAGUGAAAAUGGAUUGAGUGGUUCAACAGGCAGCCUAAACAAUAUUGCCUAGUAAUGCCUAUUAAACAUUUUUAUUGCCGAAUGAUUUUUCUCUGUAGCUGCUACUCACAGAAGCUUGUAAGCACUGGAUUAAACUGGGUUUGCUACCUACUGCUGUUUAAGGUCUAGGUGCUGAAUAGAGCAAAGGUUUGGGUCUAAAGUGUUAGGAACCUACUAUGAAUCUGGACAGAAAUGUCAGACAGAAAACUGAGCUUUUGAAAAAUAAGUGGAGAAAUCGAGAGCUGUGACUAUGUAAUUUUCUACUACUGUAUUUAAGUAUUUUGUUACG